CACCCGCAGGUGACUCACCCACCUUCCCUUAGACUUUCCCCAAUAAGAAAUCCCCAAACUUCCUUUCGCAAAAACCAACUUCUACUUUUUUCUUCAUCUUCCUCUUUCUCUCACUUUCCUUCUCUUUCUCUCUCUAAAAAAAGCGCUUGAUUUUUCUUCUCCAAACCAAAUUACAUGUACCAUUCCAACUCACCUUCGCACUCCCAGAAACCCAUGGGUCCGUCGGGUCUGACCCGGUACGGUUCCGCACCCGGUUCACUUCUCGCGACGGCCGUCGAUUCCGUCAUCGGAGGAGGAGCCGACCGCGAAUUCAACACCGCCGCACUCAGAUCGCCGUACUGUUUCUCCGGCGAUUCGUCGUCGGUCACAUCUGAGUCAACCUGCAAGGUUAACAGCUCGCCGUCUUCCUCUGUUCCUCCUAAUAAGGAGCAGUACCAGCAGCACCACAACAACAAAGGUUUGCAUAGAUCGUACUGCCUCAAUGAGAUUGCUUCUAGGGUUGGAUCUUCUUCUUCUUCGUCUUCAUCUUCGUCUUCUUCGUCUUUGGUCCGCCAGAAAAGCUCUCCGGCUGGGUUGCUCAGCCACCUCGCUGCUGCUACAACUGAAAACAACGGGUUUUCAGUUACAAGAGGAGCAGGAAGCUAUAGCUCACAAGGUGGUACUAAUGGUGGCCAUGGAGUUUCGAGAUUGAAGUCUCAAUUGAGCUUCACUGGGCAAGAUUCUCUUUCCCAGAUUUCUGAAGUAAGCGAAAAUGUUGUUGAUGUUGGUAGCGCUGACAAUGGCCACCAAAACGCCAUGCAUUCUUAUGUCACUAAUAGUUUCGGGAUGGACUCGUGGGACAAUAACACCAAUUCUAUCGUGUUUUCUGCUCCGACAAGCAAACGAGCUAAACAUAUGGAUGGUGACAUAUAUAAUUGUCUCAAUAUUUUAGAAACUCAGUUUAGCCUGCCACAGACAACUCUAGAAAUGGCAACAGUGGAGAAGCUACUACAAAUCCCUGAAGACUCUGUUCCUUGUAAAAUCCGUGCUAAACGAGGCUGUGCAACUCAUCCACGAAGCAUUGCAGAAAGGGAGAGAAGAACUAGAAUAAGUGGGAAACUAAAGAAACUCCAAGAGCUGGUUCCUAACAUGGAUAAGCAAACAAGUUAUGCAGACAUGUUGGAUUUGGCUGUACAGCAUAUCAAGGGCCUUCAAAAUCAAGUCCAGAAUCUCCACAAAGAACUUGAGAAUUGCUCAUGUGGGUGUAAACAACAAACAAAAUAAAACUUCUGUAGUGACAAUAGCAAAACAACUGAAUGGGUCAGAAGUUAAGGACUGGAGCUGCGGUGGAGGAGGUGCAGGACCGAUGCACAACUAAUUUUGUUUGCCUAACCAUGUUAGACUUGAUAAAACUACGAGUAGAGGUAUUUAACUCCCAAAGUGUACCAAGUUCAUCUUCUUCUUUUUUUCUUUUUUUUCUAUUUUUGGGGGUAAAGUGUACCAAGUUCAUCUUGCAUGUGUUUUUCUUGUCUUCAAAUGUCCUGACAUUUCAUUUUUGCAAGAAAGUGUAUAUAUAUAUAUAAUGAACUGUGGGGUUCCAAGUUCAUUAUAGAAGUGUUGUUUGUUUUAUUUUAGGGAAAUAUGUGCAAAGUUACAUUUCAUUUUUGCUUUUUCUUUUGUCAGUUCUAGUUUUGUACUUCGUAUGCUCAUUGAUAAGUAAGCUGUAAUAUUUGACCUUAAUUGGUACAAAAAAACUGUAUCAGCAAAUAUUGCUUUUUGUUUUGGUGAUCCAAUACCUUCCUAUAAUAUGUUUAUGGCAAGAAUGACAUUUGCA